GGACAGUGAUAUCAGGAAUAUUCUGAAUAAUGUGAUUAAAAUUUAUUGUACACCAACCCAAUUAGGUUCGAUAGAAAAUUGAUACGUUAAGAGUACGAUUACACUUUAUAUUUAAAAUAUACAAAAUGGAUCACUAUUUAACGACUUACAAAAAGGACUACCUGUGGUCAACGCCAAAUGUAUUCCAAAGACCAAAAGCAAUCCAAAGCAUUGGGUCUCCGAGAAUAUCUGACAAAGUUGACGAGAUUGAUCGCCACAGUUUCCAAAAUCGAGUCAGUAGACCUUCAGGAUGUAUGUGUCCUCUGUAUGGAGGAGUGGGAGGAACACCACAAGAACUUGCGACCGGCGCGGAAUCGGGCUGGAGCCGUAAUGAGAUCAUGGGACCUCUGUUAGAUCCAAAAAUAUUUCCAUUAAAAGUGGGUGCCAGUCCAGAAACACCCUCGUCACGUUAUAAUCAACCGAAUGCCUUCUUGGAUAAGUUGCAAAAGAAGUAUCCAAUGCUGUACGACAUCUUGCAAACCGAACCGACGUCGGAGUUGAAGCAGCGUGUGAACCGCGACCGCAACAAAACGUCGUACAUGAUCGACUAUUGUGAAACUGGUCCAGCAGCGCAGUUCGCGGCUUUACAGCGUGCCGCCGACGUGAGCGGCACGGGCCCUUGUUCUCAACCGAUGCGGCUCCCGGGCGACCCCUGCAAAGUGCGACCCGCACCCAAGAGGGUCACCCCCAAAACCAUCUCCAAGCAGGGCGCCAGUAACCAGGCUAUGGAAACUAGAUCAAAAAUUGAAACUACUACGGUAAUACCGCCAUUAGGAAAGACAGAAUAUCAAGAUGGCGUGUCCAAAUUAGGAGGAAUUAUAAUGCGGGAUAAAUUGCACAGAACUAAAAUAAAAAAUAAAUAAAAUACCACCUGCUCGAACAA